AUGCAGCGAUGGAUUGGGUUUCCGUCAGCAUUGGAGCAGCGAGAUGAAACCCGGGCUGGAGAAGGGGGAAGGGCUUGGCGGCGGUGAUGGGCUAGCGGCGCCCCUGCAGGGUUCAAGAGCAGGUGAGCAGGGCAGCGGUGGUGGUGGGCUGCUGAUUAGUAGCGAGGCGAGCAGUGGCAGCCGGGCCCCUUGUGUAUAGGUUAGAGGGGCUAUUGUCUACAAAUGUCAGCUCUCGACAUC